AUGGCGCCCUCGAGAGCAUUCACACGCUUGAUUCUGGCUCAGCAACGCCGGGCAACGACUCAGUGCGCGGCCCGCAUUGCUCGCGGCUAUCAUUCCUACGACCACCCGUCGCCUUCCGGCGCCUUCAACGCUGCCGAGCGCGCCAUCCUCUCGGCCGCCUACGCGCAUGUUCCUGAGCACGGCUUCACGCAGCAUGCGCUGGCCCUCGGAGCCCGUGACGCUGGAUACCUAGACAUUAGCGCCAGCCUUUUGCCCAAUGGGCCCUUCAGCCUGAUCAAGUACCACCUCGUUACGAAACGUGAGAGCUUGGCACCCAAGAGCGCCCACAUCUUUGGCCCCGGAAGUGAGGCCGAGAGGCUACCCGUCGACGACAAGGUCGAGCGUUUGACCUGGGAGAGGCUAUUGGAGAAUAAAGACGUGAUACAUCGGUGGCAGGAGGCCCUUGCAGUAAUGGCCCAGCCUUCUCUCGUCCCAUCCUCCCUCCGUGAACUAGCAUUGCUCUCCGACGAGAUCUACCACCUUUCGGGCGACAAGGCUGUCGAUCCCACAUGGUACACGAAGCGCGCUUCACUUUCCACCAUCUAUGCAUCCACUGAGCUCUUCAUGACGAAUGACCGUUCCUACGGUUACGAUGAUACACGCGCAUUCUUACAACGGCGGUUGCGAGAAAGUAGCGGCCUCGGGGCAGUUGUCGGGAAUAUUGGCCAGUGGGUCGGCUUUACUGCAGCUGCUGGCGUGAAUGUGCUCAGAAGCAAGGGUAUGAGAAUAUAG